ACUUCAGAUUGUGCCGUUGUGCAGCCCAGUUUGCCGUCGUCAAGACCUCCCCCGGAUAUGGCAAAUGAGGAUGGCCUCCCGCCGCCGGCGAGAAUACAAACCGACACUGGCUAUUACACCGGCGCUGUAGUGGACGCACAACCAACAGCGUCAAUGCACCCUGCACUUCGGGAUCUACAGGCAGACCAGACAGAUGGCUUGUUGCAUGCCCAUUCUCCCAUUGUUCAAUCCGCAUCCUGCGUCCCAACACAGUCCGAAUCCUCUGCAGUCCCCUCGGCUGAUCCUGCUAUCGCCGGCCCAUCCAGUGUCCAUUCGCCUCCAGCGUCUACUCCCGGACUUAUGCUGUCGUCUCUGCUGGCUCUAGCCUCCCCGUCGUUUGCAUCGACUUUCCACCAUGGCGCAACUCAGAAGACGCUUACGAAGGCUCCGCGCGCGCAGCUAUUGACGCGUGCACGAGCAUUGAAAGGCGAAUUAGAGCGCGCGAGAGAAAGGGCACGCAUUGAACUAUGGGAAAUGACGAUGGAGAUGGGAGGUUUGGUCGCCGUGGGCAAGGAACUGGAUGCCAUGAACAAGCAACAAUUAUGAGUGCCCUUUCUGCGUCAUGUAAUGACUUGCUCGUUGGUUUUAAAAUGCGCUAUUGGAUAGAUGUAACCUGAA